GGGACAUUAGCUCCAGAAGUUCGCGGGGAAGUUUAAGACGAAAUCAUGUUCAGGUUACUGAUACCGUGUUUGAUAUGGCUGUCAAGCGUCCGUUCGGAGACCGCGAUGAACAUGCACAUGCCGGACGGCAUGAUGGAAGACAAAACGUCGAUGGAGGCCUGGAUGAAGCCGAAGAGGGAAUCCUACCAUAAUCCAUGCCCUCCGGUUUACUCUCACCCGAUCUCGUAUUCACCGCCGCCACAAAUUUUCGUGAAACCAGCGAUUCAGUACGUCCCUAAGCCGAUGAUCACCUACGUGAAGCCAGCGCCGCCUCCGGUCAUUCUGAAGCCGACGCCGGCACCCGUAAUCGUGAAACCGGUGGUUCAAUCCAAAGUGGUUUAUCCGAUCUAUCAGAAGCCGAUGGUGUCCUAUGCCCCGAUUUACCAUAAGCCCAUGUAUUACGCACCCAUAGUGCAAAAGCUGAUGUACGAGUCACCCAAGGUGUACCUCAAGAAGUACGACGUGCAACCCAUCGUUCAUAAGCCUCAGAUUUCGUACCCGAUUCAGUAUCAGCAUCCGAAGGUCGUACAGGUGCAACCGCAGCAGUACAGCUUCGUGAAGAUAGCCCAACCCGUUCAUCCUCUGCCCGCUUACCAAUCGGUCGUAAAACCGUAUUGUCCAUAAAGUAAUCGACGCGUUGACGUCGCAAAGUCGAUCGGUUUCGAAAAUGUUUCAGUGCCUUCGCGAAGUUUUAUCGCGCCACGAUUGCCUUAACGGAUAGUAAUCGAGCUGUAAUUUAGCAAAGUUUCUAUGUCACAGAUUGUACAAUAAAAAAAGGAAGUAUCAAUU